AUGGCAGACCUCGGGACACCCCGCCUUGGGGCGCCCCCUCCUCCCGAAACCCCUGCCCCCCCCCCAUGGAGCAUCGCCCGCCCCUGGAAGCCCCUGCUGCCCCCCACGGAGCGCCCCUCACCCCCCGCCGUGUGCCCCUCUCCCCAAGCCUUUAACCCCCCGUGGCGCGCCCCCUUCCCCCGGAAACCUCAGGCUCUCCCCGGACCGUGCCCCUCUCCUUCCCGAGUCCCUACCCCCUCCCCGGGAAGCACCGGCCCCUUCCCCGCCCCGGGCGCGCCUCCUGCAAGCCCCGGCCCGGCCCAGCAGCGAGGGAGGCUAAGCGCCCCCGAGGCUCCCCCUCCCCCCGGCUCCCGCGGGCCCUCCCGGCCCUGGCUCUUGGCCGGGGCCGGGCCCGCCGCAGCCUCCCGAGCCGGGCCGGGCCCGCCGGCCACCCCACCCCGCCCUCCCUCCCACUCGGGGCUCGCGCCUCCGAGGAAGUUUCGCUCCGGAGAGCGAGCGAGCGCCCAAGCACCUCAGGGGAACGGCCGCCGCCCGCCGCCGGGCUCCUCUCGCCGCCGGGCUCCGGCCGCUGCUACGCCGCGCUCCGCUCGCUCGCUCGCCUACGCCGAGAGCAGCGCCAGCGCCCUCCGCCUUCCGCCUCCGCCGGCUGCCUUCCGCGGGAUCCUCCUCCUGCCACGGACCGAGAGGCUUAAAAUGGCGCCGCACAAGGAGCUCUUAUACGGCGCGCAGGCACCGCUGUAUCCUGCCGCCGAGCCGCAGCAGCCGCCGGCGCCGCGCGGAGCGUUCCGGCGCGCGGGGGAGGCCCAGGUUUGCCGGGACGGGGUGCACGCCCCAAGCCGCCCCCGGCUGCGUCCGCUCGCGGACGGCCGGGGGAGCCAGGUGGCAGAGAGCGGAGUACGCGGUUCCAACUCGACCCCCGACGUCUCUCCUGCCCUGGCUCCACCGUCGCCGGGCCGGCCUUGCACCCCCGCUUGCUCUGCUACUGAAUCCUAA